CAGUAUUCCAGACGCGGCAAAUCUUGACGAUGGACGCGCGCAUGGGCCCGGUCGAGCGCGAGGUCAUGGCGCUCAUCAUGCUCGUCGCCCAGGACGCCAGCGCGUCGAAGCUGGCCGCGCUCGAGGCCGCGCUCGAGCGCCUGCCGGCCAUGCCCACCGAGUACCUCUGGACGAGCUACGCCGUCGCCGUCGUCCAUACCAUGCUGCAGGGCCGGUCGGUGUCGCCGCCAACGAUCGAGUGCGGACUCAGUGCGCUCUACAAGCUCUUUACACGCUGCAAGCUCGGGCCGCUCGAGACGACGCCGGACCUCUUUGUCACGAUGAUCAAGACGUUGCUCGUCUACUUGCCGCCAUUAGAUAGCUCCAGUACAUCCAGCGCUCUUACUGAAGACGGACGCAACUGCAUCGUGCAAUGCAUUGGCCUCCUUGCUACGCGCACCGCACCGGCAACCUUCUUUACGCCUCCGACCGACGAGAUGAUCGAGGUGGCUUUUCUAACGGUAGCGUACUUGCUGCAGCAAGCCGAGAAGGAAGUCGCGCGCGCCUCCCGCGUCCAAGCACUCGAGGCGCUCAUCGCGCUCCUUCGGUCCAUCGAUAACGUGGACGUUGUGGCGCUGCUCCUUCCCGGUGUCGUCGCCAAGAUGCUCCAGCUCACCCACCACGCCGACUACAAAUGGGGCUCCAAAGUCCCAGCGAAGGCGCUCGAGUGCCUCAGCGAGGUCGUCUUCCUCGGCUUGCGUGACAGCCGGUGGCCCCAUCUCGUGUCCAAGCCCGAGUUCACCUUGGAGGCGGCUCUGACCCCAUUUGCCACGAGUCCGCCAACGCCUCUGCUCCGCCCCAACUCGUCCAAGCCCGAAAUCGACCGGUCCCGCGCCUGGCUCGAGACGACACAAGCCAACCUGGCGAUCGCACUCGACCUCAUUUGCCGCUCGCAGCGACACCACGCCAAGCCGCGCGUGCGCCUCUCUCUCGUCACCCUCUGCAGCGUCGUGGUGUGCGACUGCCGCUGGUCGCUCGCACCCAGUUUCUUCUCGGCGUUUGAGGCCCUUUUGAGUUUGAGUCUCGACCCGAUCCUUGAUGUGCAAACGUAUGCGCGGCAAGCCCUCGACCGCUUCCAUGCGACGAUGACCGCCGACGAAGGUCUCUGGCUCACGCGCCACGCCACGUCACGCGUCGUCUCGCACUUGCGCGCGCUCGCAAAGAAAUGCGCGACCGACGUCGAGAUGGAGGCCGAGGCGUGCGCGACGCUGCAGGUCGUCCUCGCCUACGACCAGAGCACACGUAUUGCCUUUGAUGCGGUCCUGACCGACCUACUGCGUGCGAUGCAGACCAUUCUGCGCAUCGACCACGUCGACGCCCACGUGCUGGCGCACGAAGCGAGUCGCUCGCGAUCGCCAAGCGCCAAAACGGUCACCUUUGCCUACUACCGCAAGCGGUUCGUGCAUAUUCGGUCGGACGCCGCGGUUCGCUUGGCGACCCAAGUGCUUCGGCGCAUCGGCGCCCGCGGCUCGACGCUCGUCUGGAUCGACCAUCUCAUGGCGCAGCUCCGCAACGAGUCGGAGCGCUCGACCGAGCUGCUGCUGGUCCUCAACCAUUUUGUACUUGGCGCGGGCCACAUUGGCGACUUAUCGCCGACACCCGACACGCCGCCGUUGUCGGUACAUAUGGUCGGGUACUUGCUCGACCAGCUACUGCAGUUGCCGCAGUGGACGACGCUGCCGGUCGAUGCAACGCCUCUUGGACGCCACCACCUGCGUCUCGGAGGCGCGGCCGCGGACUCGACGGACACGACGAGCGUACUCUUGGAGAUUCUCGGCAGCUGCGCCGAAGCGCUCGACAUCGCCUUUCACCCGCUGCUCAUGCACGUGCUGUACCCGAUCGCCGAGCAUUUGGCGGGCCACAGCAGCGUCGUGCACCAAGCGGCCACCGCGACGCUCGACCGCAUCGCGUUCCACUGCGCGUACGAUGACGUACCGGCCUUGCUGCAUGGCAACAUGGACUACGUCAUCGACAUGCUCUGCAGCCGCCUCGAGCAGCUCGAGAUGUACCCGCACACACCGUUCGUCGUCGAAGGGCUCUUGGCGCACGCCGGGUCGACGCCGCUCCCGCUGUUGCAAGACGCCAUCAAGAGCGUACUACGCAGCGUCGACCGCUACGUCUCGAGCGGCCACAGCGCUGGCCUCUUGCGCGUCAUGAAGGUCAUCGUGACAACCGCGCCGCACCUUGCGGAGGCAGCCCCCGUGGUGCCACGUUCCUCGAAGCUCGAUGCGUUCCUGAAGGAGAUGAAGACGCUGUUUGAUCCAAACAUGGGCGCCCCCGAUGACGCGGCGAGCGAAGCGCAGCUCGAUGCCAUGCUCCAGGACAACGCGGACGACGAAUCGGCGGUCCUCGAGCGCAAGAUGAAGGCGGCGAUGCCGGUGGAGCACGAGCCCGAAGCGGAUGCAAGCGACGCGGCCAUGCGCGACCUUAUCAAAGACAUCAUUGUGCGCUCGUCGUACUUUAUGGCGGCCCCCGACGUGGCCACGAGCUGCUUGGCGAGCUCGGUGCUAUCGCACGCUGUGCUGCUUUUGCCGCUCAACGACCUCCGGCCCGUGGCCGCGCGCGUGUGGCCGGCCGUGGUCAAGCGCCUGGGCAGCACCGCCAAGCCUGUCGUACUCGCGGCGCUGCACUGCCUCUCGGCCCUCGCAGUGCGCUGCGGCGACUUUCUUGCCGACCGGUUUGUGUCGGAGGCAUGGCCGGCCAUGCGCCUUCUCUUGCUCGUCGACUCGCAUGAGACGCUUCCGGUCUUGGCACGCCACGAGCUCGUGGUCGAUGGCAUGACGUUAGCUCCCAGUAGUGCGGCGAGCUCGAGCCAUUCGCUAACGCACCAGAUCCACGUCCAGUGCCUCGAGUGCUUGACGCGCAUGUGCACUGCGUCACCGGCGCUCGAGUCGAUCGAGAUGGACGUGGCGCGCGUGACAAGCCCCAUGCUGCGGUCGUCGUCCAGUCCAAGUCUCCAAGAGGGCGCGCGACGCCUCUUUCUCGCACUGGCGGCGCUCAACGGGGAUGCGCUCUUCCCGCUGCUCGCCGACUUGGGCACUUGGGCAUUGCCGUCGCCCCCGACGAGCGCGUUCCCAGCCUAUGGCGCGACGGCCGUCAAGAACGUCAAGCAUCCCGUCUCGACGUCGGCGUCGACGGCAGCGUACACGGCCAACGCGCGCGAGCUCCUGCGCUACAUGCACGCCCAUCCGUAGGUGAUCGAGGACCCAGUGCCACUCGAUGCUGCGCCAAAACUGAGGGCUAAACCCCAAAUGAACCUCGUGGUGCCACGUACGUGACGUGGCACGCUGCUA